AUGAAGGAGAAGCGGCUGGUGGCUCGUGAUGGCCAGGAUUUGUGCGGCGCGGAGAGGGUGAGACCACGGAGGCUAGGGUUGGCUCGCGGUGGCUUGGGGCAUGGCGGAGGUGCAGAGAGUACGUGCAGUGGGGAGAUGGGAAACUUGGGUGGCCGUUUUUAUGGUGGCUGGCUGCAAAGGCGGUGGUGGAGGUUAGUGGCGCGGUGGAUUGGGAAGUUGGAAAUGGUGAUCGGGAGAUGGUUGGUGAUUUGUGUGAGGGAAGAUGAAGGUAAAGGAGAAGAGAAUGGUUGUGCGGUGAGUGAUGCUGGGAGGAGGGUGAGGCAUACCAAGAGAGAUUACGAGCUAAUGGUCAUAGAGAGGCUUCUUGGGGUUCUAGUUUCUUUGUCGACACCCAUUGCUAAGGCUGUGGUGAGCAUUAAAUUUUCAGUUUCUGAUGUUAAGAGCAAAUACAAGGAUGCUACCCUUUUACCAAAAUGGAAGGCGUUCCAAACAGUUAUAUUUCUUGAACGGGAUGAUGGUCUGCGUGAUUCAAGUAAAAUUGCUGCAUUUGAUUUUGAUGGAUGUCUUGCAAAGACAGACGUGAAGAGAGUGGGUGCAAAUGCUUGGGACCUCAUGCAUUCGUCAAUUCCUGAUAAACUACAAAGCCUACACAAUGAUGGCUACAAAUUGGUAAUUUUCACCAAUGAAUCCAAUAUUGAACGUUGGAAGAAUAAGAGGCAGGUGGCUGUGGACUCAAAAAUUGGACGUCUAAAUAAUUUUAUUGAGAAAGUGAAGGUUCCAGUUCAGGUUUUUAUAGCUUGUGGAGUUGGUCUUAAACCAGGAAAAACAAAUAAAAAUGAAGAUGAUGCUUUUCGCAAACCCAAACCAGGGAUGUGGCAUCUUAUGGAGCAACACUUCAACUCUGGCAUUGUCAUUGAUAUGGAUCAAUCGUUUUAUGUUGGUGAUGCAGCCGGGAGAAAAUCAGAUCACAGUGAUGCAGAUAUUAAAUUUGCAGAGGCCAUUGGUUUAAAAUUUUAUGUCCCUGAAGAGUACUUUGUCUAA